AUGCUGUCCCGGUCACGCUGCGUGUCUCGGGCGUUCAGCCGCUCGUUGUCUGCUUUUCAGAAGGGGAACUGCCCUCUAGGGAGACGUUCCCUGCCUGGGGUCUCCUUAUGUCAGGGACCAGGUUACCCUGACAGCAGGAAGAUUGUUAUUAACAACAGUAGUGUCUUCAGUGUUCGCUUCUUCAGAACUACAGCUGUGUGCAAGGAUGAUGUGAUUACAGUCAAAACCCCAGCGUUUGCAGAAUCUGUCACAGAGGGAGAUGUUAGGUGGGAGAAAGCUGUUGGAGACACUGUUGCAGAAGAUGAAGUGGUUUGUGAGAUUGAAACUGACAAGACAUCUGUGCAGGUCCCAUCACCAGCAAAUGGCGUGAUUGAAGCGCUUUUGGUACCUGAUGGGGGAAAAGUAGAAGGAGGCACUCCUCUUUUCACGCUCAGGAAAACUGGCGCUGCUCCUGCUAAGGCCAAGCCACCAGAAGCUCCUGCUGCUGCAGCCCCAAAAGCAGAGCCUACAGCAUCGGCAGUUCCUCCUCCCCCUGCAGCAUCCAUACCCACUCAGAUGCCACCAGUGCCCUCACCCUCACAACCUCUCGCUAGCAAACCGGUGUCUGCAGUAAAACCCACUGCUGCCCCUCCCGUAGCUGAGCCAGGAGCUGGCAAAGGUCUGCGUUCAGAACAUCGGGAGAAAAUGAAUAGGAUGCGGCAGCGCAUUGCUCAGCGUCUGAAGGAGGCCCAGAAUACGUGUGCGAUGCUGACUACUUUUGUGAUGUGUUUUUGCAGUAACAUCCAGGAGAUGAGGGCUCGGCACAAAGAUGCUUUUCUGAAGAAACAUAACCUCAAACUAGGCUUCAUGUCGGCAUUUGUGAAGGCCUCAGCCUUUGCCUUGCAGGAGCAGCCUGUUGUAAAUGCAGUGAUUGACGACGCAGCCAAAGAGGUGGUGUAUAGGGAUUAUAUUGACAUCAGUGUUGCGGUAGCCACCCCACGGGGUCUGGUGGUUCCCGUCAUCAGGAACGUGGAAGCUAUGAAUUAUGCAGAUAUUGAGCGAGCCAUCAGUGAACUGGGAGAGAAGGCUCGAAAGAAUGAACUUGCUAUUGAAGAUAUGGAUGGUGGUACUUUCACCAUUAGCAACGGAGGUGUUUUCGGCUCGCUCUUCGGAACGCCCAUCAUCAACCCCCCUCAGUCGGCCAUCCUGGGCAUGCAUGGCAUCUUUGAUAGGCCAGUGGCUGUGGGAGGCAAGGUGGAGGUGCGGCCCAUGAUGUAUGUGGCACUGACCUAUGAUCAUCGGCUGAUCGAUGGCAGAGAGGCGGUAACUUUUCUCCGCAAAAUCAAGGCAGCGGUAGAAGAUCCCAGAGUCCUCCUCCUGGACCUUUAG